AUGCAAGAAACAUACGGCACCAACUACAGCCCUGUAUUCGAUCGGAGAGCUUUGCUUAUAAACAAACACACGAGUAUGGGUUUUGCGCAAGUUGGCCAGAACCCCGUACUUUCUGGUCGUGCGAGGCACGCCUACCAGGAAAUGUCGGACCCAUCUCCAUCCAGGUGCCAACAUAUCUUCCACAAAAUCCACACAGCCCAGCUCCGCCCGUGUCACACGGGUGCGGCCGGGGUAUCAUCCGCUAAGCAGUCAAUCAUCAUCCAUCAACUGCAAUCCAAAGUCGCGACACCGUAG